CUCAUUGCCCAUUGCCCAUUGCCGGGCAUCACUGCACAGACGACAGAAAUCCUAGCUUGUGCCUGUGUCGUCCAAUUAAUUACGUACUGCGACGUGACCGCAGUCGUGCCGUCGUUGUCAUGGCCGCACCGCAUGACAUGCACGGCGUGGACUCUUUCGCGCAGCUGCCCUUCGUCCGCGGCGCGGCGCCGAGGCCUCCGGCGGGGAGCAGGGACGUCGCCACCAGCAUCCGCCUCUUCGGCCGGGACUUUUCCAGCGACCAGCAGCAGGCGGUCCAGCUGCUGCUGCUCAAGGAGGACGCGGCGGCGGCGGCGGCGUCCGGGGAGAGGAAGUUCGAGUGCCACUACUGCUGCCGCAACUUCCCGACGUCGCAGGCGCUGGGCGGGCACCAGAACGCGCACAAGCGGGAGCGGCAGCACGCGCGGAGGGCGCACCUCGAGGCCUCCUUCGCCGCGCACUGCGGCGCCGCCUACCUACCCGGCGCGCACCUCUACGGCCUCUUCGGCUACGGCGGCGGCGGCGGCGGCGGCCACACCGCGCACUACCCGGCCGUGUGGGCAGGCGCCGCGCCGGGGAUCUACGGCGGCGUGGGGCCCGUGGCGCGGCCUCCCGUGUACGGCGCCGUGGCCGUGCCGGGGACGUGGAGGCCGUCCCCACCUGGGAGUGGCGGCGCUUUCGUCGCGGCUGGCCGACCCGUGGGGUACGGAGAGAUGGCUGGCAAAGACGACAAGGCGAAGAUGAGCGUGGUGGUGUCACUGCCCGCGUCGUUGCCGUCGUCGUGCUUGUCCGGCCAGUCGGCGGAGAUGAUAGGGAGGUCUGAGUUGGGACACACGGAUGGAGUCAUAAGCUUGGACCUCUGUUUGUAGUCUGUCUUCUCCCUGUUUAGAUCGCUUUCAUUAAUUUUUUUCUCUUUUCCUUUUGGCUUGUUUCGAGAGUUGUUUCAAGCAUGUUUCUUCAGCUAAAUUGCGCGAGACAUUUCCAUUAGCAUUGUCGAAUGGUAUGUACUUUUUUUCUUUAUUUUAUUCAAGGUAAGCAUGCAUGUGUAGUUUA